AUGAUCCGCAUUAUUGCCCGCGCGAGCGCGACCCUAGCGCCCUGCGGUUUGAGCCUCGCGCACUACGCGUCGGAGCCUUCGCAGCCGACGGCGGCGCGCCUACCCGGCGCCGGCGCAGCGGCGGCGCCGCUGCGCCAGUGCAUCGGCGGCUCGCUCGUGCCGUCGACGUCGGCGCGCACGGUCGCCGUCGAGGACCCGAGCACGGGCGCCGUCAUCGGGUCCAUCCCCGAGGGCACGGCCGAGGACGCGCACGCGGCGCUCGUCGCCGCCCGGGCCGCGCAGCCCGCGUGGGCCGCGCGCAGCGCAACGGACCGCGGCAAGGCCCUGAAGGCCAUGGCGCGCGUCGUCCGCGAAAACCGCGUCGAGCUCGCGGAGCUCCUCGCGAGCGAGCAGAACAAGACGCUGGGCCUCGCCCAGGUCGAGAUCGACUUCACGGCCGAGUACUUCGACUACUACGCGGGCCUCGCGCGGGCCUACGAGGGCGAGCUCGUCAACUCCGACGACGCGAACGAGCACAUCUCCGUGCACCGGCUGCCCGUCGGAGUGUCCGUGGGCAUCUGCCCCUGGAACUUCCCCGUCUUCGUCAUGGCGCGGAAGCUCGCGCCCGCGCUCCUCGCGGGCUGCGCCGUCGUCGUCAAGAGCUCCGAGGUCACGCCCCUGGCCUGCGGGCGCCUCGCGGAGCUCUGGCUCGCGUCGCCCGACGCGGACCUGCCGCCGCGGGGCGCCUGGGCCCUCGUCAACGGGCUCGGCGCGACCGUCGGCGCGGCGCUCACGGCGAGCCCGCUCGCGGACAUCGUGUCGAUGACGGGCUCCGUGCCCACGGGCAAGGCGAUCAUGCGCGCCGCGGCGGAGCACAUGACGAAGGUGAGCCUCGAGCUCGGCGGCAAGGCGCCGGCGAUCGUCGCCGCGGACGCGGACCUCGACCUCGCCGUCGCCGCCGUCGUCGCGUCGCGCGUCUGCUUCUCGGGCCAGGUCUGCAACUGCUGCGAGCGCGUCUACGUCCACGCGUCGGUCUACGAGCCGUUCGUCGCGAAGCUCGUCGCGGCCAUGGAGGCCGUGCGCGUCGGCGCGCCGCGCGACGCGGCCGCGGACUGCUGCGGCCUCGUCAACGCGGCGCAGCGCGACAAGGUCGACGGCAUGGUGCGGCGCGCGGUCGCGGCCGGCGCGGUCGCGCGCUGCGGCGGCCGGCCCCUGCCCGGGCCGGGCUACAAGUACGCGCCGACGGUGCUCACGGGCUGCGCGCAGGGCAGCGAGAUCGUCCAGGAGGAGGUCUUCGGCCCCGUGCUGCCCGUGCUCGCCUUCGGCACGCUCACCGAGGCCUUCGCGCUCGCCAACGACUCCAAGUUCGGCCUCACGUCGUCGAUCUACUCCAGCUCCGUCGACGUCGUCGAGCGCGCGCGCGCCGAGCUCCGCUUCGGCGAGACCUACGUGAACCGCGAGAACUUCGAGGCCAUCCAGGGCUUCCACGCGGGCAUGCGCCAGUCCGGCGUCGGCGGCGCCGACGGCAAGCGCGGCCUCGACGAGUACCUCGCGACCCACGUCGUCUACGUCCGCCGCAACCCCAAGGCCGGCGACUGA